AUGGUAAAUGCUAACGAGUGGUUAGAUAAAAAAAUUCCGGCGGAUGAAAGAGAAAAAUCAACAGCACUUUGCGUCUAUCGUCAAAUUUGUAAAUGUAGUAAUUAUCAUGACAAUAGAUAUACACAUCCUACUGAUGAGGAUCAAAGUAAUCCUGGCACUGCUCCACAAUAUCAUUUUUAUAAUGUCAUUUUGGAAGAAGAGUUAAAUCUUAACGACUUUGUUAAUUUGAAUGAACUACGUAUCGAAGGUACUGGUCAAGACAAUGAUAAAGUACAAAAAUUAACUAGCUUGAAGGUUGAUAAUUGCACCAAGUUAACUAAGAUUACAAUUAAUAAUACUACACUUGGUUAUUUAAGCUUAGGUAGUAAACCAAAGUUGCAAUCUGCUAAUUUCGCUGGCAACAAAUGGCUCAAUUUUUGUGACAAUGUAUUAAAAAAUCAAGUAGGAAAAUUAACAAGUUUAAUCCUAACUAAAGACAAUAGUGAUAUAAAAUUAGAAGCUAAGAAAUUAGAAAGCUUGGUAGAUUCUCAAAAAGACAUUUUACGUAAUAACAGCGCCUAUGCCAGAAAAACGAUAGAAAUUACUGAAUUAGAAAUUCAAUCAAAUAAACUCAACAAAUUAACUUUAAAAGACUAA